CACCCCCUCUCUCCUCUUUCGAGCCGCCCGCGACUCAGAAACCCUCCCCUCCGUUCCCAAGCCCUAGAAACCCUAAAUCCUCUCGACCCGAAAUCCCUAGCCAUGCCGAAGGACGCCAGGAUCUCAGAGCACGAUGGAGCGAGCCCUGGGAAGAUAUUUAUUGGAGGGCUUCCUAGAGAUCUGAGCUCAAGUGCCUUUGUGCGACAUUUUGAGAAGUAUGGGACUAUUAUAGACCAUGUGAUAAUGAAGGAUCGUCACACUCAGCAGCCUAGGGGUUUUGGGUUUAUCACUUUUGAGGAUCCUUCUGUUGUUGAUACAGUCAUUGAGGACACACAUGUAUUCAAUGGAAAAACAGUUGAAAUCAAAAGGACAAUUCCAAAAGGUGCUGCUCAAACAAAGGACUUUAAAACAAAGAAAAUUUUUGUUGGUGGGAUACCGACUACUGUGGAAGAAGACGAAUUGAAGAGCUUCUUUUCCAAGUUUGGCAAAGUAGUGGAGCAUGAGAUCAUCCGUGACCAUAGUACUAAGCGGUCACGAGGCUUUGGGUUUAUAAUCUUUGACUCUGAGCAAGCUGUAGAUGAUAUGUUAGCGAAGGGCAAUAUGAUUGAUUUUGCUGGUAGUCAGGUUGAGGUCAAGAAGGCUGAACCAAAGAAAUCUUCAAACCCUCCACCUCCAUUUGCUAGUGAACCUAGGGGCCGCUCUUUUGGCGGUGGUCUUGCUGGAUAUAGCAACUCUUACAAUAGUUUUGGUGGUGGUGAGUUUGGUCCAUCUUAUAGGACACCUGGAGGGCUUGGUCCUAGGAUUGGUGAAUAUGGCAGUUAUGGCAGUGGUGCAGGUGAAUUUGGUGGUGGUUAUAGUGGUGGCUUAGGAGAUUACAGGGGAGAAUCCUCUCUUGCUUACUCUAGGCGCUUUAGUAGUUACGGAGGUUACGGUGCUGGUGGUUACGGUGGUGGGUAUGGGCGUGAUGAGGGCUUUGGUGGAUAUGGUGGUUCUAGCUAUGGUGGUUCUAGCUAUGCAGGUGGUCGUUUUGAUUCAGGUACAGGUUCUAGCUAUGGUGCUGGUGCUGGUUAUGAUACAGGUUCUAGCUAUGGCGGUCCUAGCUUUGGAUCCGGCAGCGCGCUUUUUGGCGGUAGGGGAGGAGGCUAUGGUGGUGGUGGUGCUGGUCCUUCUGGCAGAUACCAUCCUUAUGCAAGGUAGAUGUUUUAGCUUCAGCACUGUUCUAGAAGUCUCUCAGGUUUCAACUGGAUCAAACAACUUCAGGGAAUAGAGUUCCUGCUAGUAUAUGAUAGAAGAUAGAAGCAGUCCUGACUGAGAGCUACUACCUGCCCUGCUUACUUUGCUAUGUAGAUCGCUUCCAGGAACCUGUAUUGUCUAGCAAGUUGAACUAGAUUCUCUUUUAGCUGGAUAGUUCUAUCGCCUAUGGAUUGUAGAAUUUUACGCAUAUUGGUAGAUUUUUAUGUUUUAUGGAUUGUAGAAUCUAUUUAUGAGGUUUGUCCUUUUUAGAUUUGUAUGGUUUGUGGAUUGUAGAAUCUAUGCAUGAGGUUUCUAGUGAGUUGAACUAGAUUUAUCUUUUA